AUGCUACCUCCCGGCCGCCGGCGAGCCAACGCCAUAUUCUCCCUCCCUCCCCUCCUCCUCCUCACCCUCCUCGCCCUCCUCAUCCCAACCACCCACGCCGCCGGCUCAGUCCUCGGCGUCGACUUCGGCACCGCCUUCCUCAAAGCCGCCCUGGUCAAACCCGGCAUCCCCCUCGAAAUCGUCUUAACAAAAGACUCCAAGCGCAAAGAAGCUGCCUCCAUAGCCUUCAAACCCACCCGAGGUGCCAAGAACGAGAUCCUCGCCGAAGCAGGAGUCUACCCGGAACGAGCAUAUGGCGGUGAUUCAUUAGCGAUACAGGGGAGGUUUCCGGGUGAAGUCUUCCCGAAUUUGAAGAGUCUGCUUGGUCUGGAGUGGACGGAGACGAGGGGGUGGGAUUAUGCGGUCGAUGUGUAUACUUCUCGAUAUCCCGCUGUGCAGGCACGGCAGGAUCAGGAGGCUGGAACGGUCCUAGUGACCAGUUCUUCUUUCAUCCCGUCAGAGGCGCAAUGGAGUGUGGAGGAGCUGUUGGCGAUGGAGUUGGCGAGCAUCAAACGGAAUGCCGAGAGCAUGGCUGGCAAAGGUUCGUCUGUGGAGGAUGCUGUGAUCACGAUUCCGGGCUUCUAUACGGCAGAGGAACGACGAGCUGUUCAACGAGCUGCGGAAUUAGCGGGCCUGAAUGUGAAUGCUUUGAUCACGGACGGUUUGGCGGUGGGCUUGGACUAUGCGAAAAGCAGGACUUUUCCUGAGGUCAGUAAGGGUGAGAAGCCGGAAUAUCACGUAGUGUACGACAUGGGUGCGGGAUCUACCACCGCGACGCUGCUGAGAAUGCAGAGUCGGAGUGUCAAGGAUGUAGGGAGGUUCAACAAGACAGUACAAGAAGUCGCAGUCGUGGCUACAGGCUGGGACAAGACACUAGGAGGUGAUGCGCUAAAUCAGGUCGUUCUCGACGACUUCGUGCACAAACUGCUCACCAAGCCUGUGCUGAAGAGCCGGGGCACGAAGGCAGAGGAGAUCACAUCCAACGGCCGCGCCAUGUCGAGGCUGUGGAAGGAUGCGGAGAAAGCCCGGCAAGUCCUCUCAGCUAAUGCGGAGACCAGCAGUUCGUUCGAGGAGAUCUUACCAGAAAUCGACUUCCGUGUCAAGCUCACCCGCACCGAAUUCGAGACGUUGACUGAGUCCUUCCUCCCUCGCGUCACAGAACCGAUCGAGAACGCUCUCUUUGCGGCGAAGCUGGAGAUAAGCGACCUCACUUCCAUCAUCCUCCAUGGUGGCGCGGUGAGGACGCCUUUCGUCCAGCGCAAGUUGGAAGAACUAGUUGGACCCGCGAACAAGAACCUCCUCCGCUCCAAUGUCAACGCAGAUGAGUCUUCGGUCUUCGGGGCUGCAUUCAAAGGAGCUGGUCUCAGCCCUAGUUUCAAGGUCAAGGAGAUCAGGGAUUCGGACGUGGCUGGGUACGCAGCCGGGAUGAAAUUCCGCGAAGGUGGCGAAAGUGGGAAGGAGCGACGGCAGCAGAUCUUUUCCGCGCAGAGUCCCGUCGGUAGCGGAGCGGCGGUAAAGCAGGUUACGUUCAAGGAUAAGGAGGAUUUCGAAUUCUCCUUGUGGCAGAAUGUUGAGGGUGGUGAUAGGGCCGUGGUCGGUGUUGUGAGUUCGAACCUGACGGCUGGGGUGAAGAAGUUGCAUAGUGAUUUUGGUUGUGAGAAGGAAGAUGUACAGACGAAGUUCUCCCUGAGGUUGAGUCCUGUUGAUGGACUCCCGGAGGUCGUGGGCGGCAGUGUGAGCUGUGAAGUCGAGGGUGCAGUCAAGAAAGAAGGCGGCUCUGUCAUCGACUCGGCGAAAGACUGGCUGGGUUUCGGAGGUAAGAAGGACCAGGAGCCGUUGAAAGAUGGCGAGGAGGAAAUUCCGGUUGAGGAGGUCGAGGCUGAGACUUCCACGUCUACGAAGAGCAGUAAGAGCAAAUCUUCGAAGUCCACAUCCUCUACUUCUGGCACCGCAUCAGCUUCCAAGAUCCUGGAAAAGCCGAAGAAGAGGACCGAGUCUAUCCCUGUCGCUUUCACUACUUCCCCUCUCGGCCUCCCACAGCCCAAGCCCUCAGACCUCAAGCGCAUGCGCGACCGACUAGCUGCCUUCGACCGCUCGGACAAAGCUCGUGUUUCGCGAGAGGAGGCCUUGAAUGUGCUGGAGAGCUACACUUAUUAUGUCCGAGACUUCUUGGGCAACGAUGACUACGUCGACGUUUCGACCGACACCAUGCGCGAGGAGAUCGGCAAGCUUCUGGGUACCACGAGAUCGUUCAUGGAGAACCCUGGUGAUGUGACCAAGGCGACGGAAGCCGUGCUGAGGGAGAAGCUGGCCGGGUUGAAGGGGCUGGUGGAACCUAUUAAGUCGCGACGAACGGAGAGUCUUGCGAGGCCGGAGAAGGUGGAGACGUUAAGGAAGAGUCUGGAGCAGACGAACUCGUUCAUUGAGACGGUGAAGGGGAGCGUGGAACAAGCUGCCUUGGCAUCUGCAUCAGCGGCGUCUGCGAGUGAAGCUUCUGCGGCUGAGGCGAGCAGUAGUAGCUCUACUGAGACACCAGCUCCCUCAUCAGCUUCAGGCGAUGGCUUCGACGACCUAGAGGAACCCGAGACCUCCUCUUCCUCCUCGAGCGCAGCAGCAAAGGAGACGGAGAUCCCAGCCUUCUCCCCAUACACUUCGGAGGAUGUCGAAGGCCUAGAAUCCGCCUACACCUCAGCGAAGAAAUGGCUCGAGGAGAAAGAAGCCGAGCAAGGUAAACUCAAAUUACACGAGGAGCCUGUGCUGCUAGUCAAAGACAUCGAGCGCGAAGCCCAGAAAUUGAGCUCAGUGAUGACGGAUCUGGUAUACAAGAAGAUGCGAUCGCAGCCUCCGCCUAAGAAAUCUAGCUCCUCCAAGUCCAAGUCGGCGAAGCCUUCGAAGUCUAAGGCGGCGAAGAAGGGGAAGGGGAAGAGCUCGACGGCUGAUGCCGGGCAGGAAGAGGCGACGGCGAGUUCGAGUGGGAAGGCGGCGAGGAUUACGGUUGGGGCGGAUGAUGAGAUGCCUACUGAGGAGGAGAUUUUGAGGAUGGUGAAGGAGGCGAGGGAGGAGGGGGCUGGGGGCCAUGAGGAGUUGUAG